AAAAUAAAUUUUUUUGAAAGCAAAACGUUCAUAAUCAGAAAAAAAGUGUAUGAAAGUUCGUUGAGUGUUUUUGAAGUGAAAAGAGAGGAGAAUAAUGGCAUAUUGUACGUUAUGUGCAUUAUUUAAUUUUAUAUUUUUUUGUGUGAAAGGUAUGCUUACCUUAAUCUCCGACCACCCUUUGGUGCUUUUUAUAUUUAGUACUGUCAUAGCAACUGUUAUAAUAGCCAAUAUUCACUAUGGAACACAGUUGGCUUUUCGCGGUUCACCACGUAAUAUUCGUAAGGCUAAUGCAGGUCAGUUUGAUUAUGGUUUCAAAAAUGGACCCCACACCUGGGAUGCUCCACCUAACAAUCAGUCACCUAUUAACAUAAUACCAGAACAAACACGUCGUUUGGAUUUACAAGAAAAGUUGACUUGGCAUCAUUAUGAAGAUCUACCAAUUGGUAUUAAGAUUCAUAACAAUGGAAAUACCGUAAUUUUGCGUGCUGCCUUUUCUGGAAACAUACCAACUAUCGGUGGUGCUGAUUUGUUAGCGUCUUAUUGCUUUGUUGAGAUACGUUUUCGUUGGUGCUUGCUAAACUCUGAAGGCUCGGAACACAUGAUUAAUUUUAAAAAGUUUCCGAUGGAGAUACAGGUAAUGCAUCGCACUGGUCCACCAGAGGGUACAUCCAGUUAUGAUCUUUUAAUUGUGUCGUAUUUAUACGAUAUCACAACAUCACAUAAUCCUUACUUGGAACCGGUUGUACAAAACUUACAUUGCAUUUGUGAGCCUGGCAGCAGUGUCGAAAUACCACCAUUUCCUUUAUCGUAUCUAUGCUGUCAAUUUCGCAGCAAUUUUUAUAGUUAUGGCGGCUCUCUUACCGAACCACCAUGCUAUGAAGGUGUUGAAUGGUUUAUAUAUCCAGAACCAUUGGCUAUUAGUGAACGGCAAAUUAAUCAGUUUCGUCAACUAUUGAGUAACGAUGGCGUUAGUCGUAUCGUGCGUAACGCUCGUCCUAUUCAACCUUUGACCGAAUGCCGUGUUGUCAAUUUUAACUGCUGCAACACUGGUCCCGCUAAGGAGUGUCAGCCAAUAACAAAAGACUCAAUUGAGUCCAUACAAAAUACUGUUGCACAGGUUGAAGAAGAUGAUAGUAAUGAAUAAUCAUAUUAAUUUGAUUUUCAUAUCUAUUUUUGUAGAAGUCUAGUUUAUAGUUGAAAUGUGAUAUAAAGAAAUAAAAUAAAUGC